GAAUAUGGAAUAACAUGUGAAAGCCUUAAAUACACAAACGAAAAACACUUAAAUGAAAUUUGUCCAAAAAAUUUGUUUGGACAAAGAAUUAUAUUUGAGAAUCAAUUAAAAAAGUGGCAGUCUAACUUUGUUAGUAAACAGUCUACUACUAAUAUAAAUAAUGCAUCAAAUUAUUCUUCAGAUUCUGAGAUAUCUGAAUACUCUACUUCAAGCUCCAGUCACAGUAGUCCAAUUUCUUUUAAAAAUCAAAUAUGUGUACAAGAAAUAUUAGAUUCAUCUGGAAAAGGAAGUAUGAUAUUGUCAUUUUACAAAAAAAAUUUAAGGCUUAAUGAAGAACUAAGAAAAAUGUUGUCUGAAAUAAUUAUUGAAUACAUGGUCCAGAAAAAAGUUUGUGCAUCUCCUAAAAUCAUUGAGCAUAUUUCUGAUGGUAUAGUUAAUUUAUUCCAAUCUGAAGUUAAGAAAACAUAUUUCAUUAAUGUACCUGGUAAAAAACCAAAAGGAAUAUUGUACCAAAAGUAUCAUAAUACAUUAACGAAAUUACGACGACAUAAAUUAUGGUCUCCUCUUAAAAAAGAAAAAAAAAAUUCUGGUGUUACUAUGUUAGAGGAAACAUCCACAUUACAUACAAAAACUAUAAUAAAUGAAGAUUUAAUUGAAUUAAAGAAAUGGCUUCAGUUUAAUGUUGAACCUAUGAGUGAAGUAACUUUAAAAUGGCAAAAAACUUGUGAAAUUCGUAGAGAUUAUUUAUUGUCUCGAAAUAUUAACAUAGUUGAUAUUCUUGAUGAAUGGCCUAUUUUGAAACAAUCAUUUGCCUACAGUUUGAUUGAUAUUGAUUUUGAUCAUAUUUAUCCUUCAAAAGGAAACUCACUGUUUGUGAACUGGGAUCAAUUUAUUUUUAAGAUUAUUCCAUUAAUGAUCACAAAUAUAAAAGAUGGAAACAGCAAAUUAUUGCUCAAGCGUUUAAUAGAAAUUAAAGAUACAGAUAUUGAAACCAGAAAUCACCUAGUUUUGGAUUUAAUGAAUGCUGUAUUGGUUCCAACUUCCAAAUCAUUUGAAAUAGAUCCUGUUACCAACAAACGACGCAUAGUUAAAACGUCUAUUUCCGAUGCCAAAACGUCAUUUUAAUUACAAGUGGUUUCAGUGAACGACUUACAUGUUCAAAUUCAAUCACGAAUUGACAACGCUUACAAAAAAAAAGAAAAACUACAACCAUUCAUUUGCAUUGUUGGAGCUGAUUUAGAUGGUACAAAAGACUUUUAUGUAUAUUAUUUCAACACCUAUUAUAAAUUUUCUAACAUAGUCCGUGCAUUAGACACAUGUUUUAAAAUUUUCCAAAUGUUCAAUUUACAGUAUCCCAUUCAAUCUAUUUUAGUUUGGACUUUUGUACAAAAAUUUCUCUAUGAUAUUCAUAAUGAGUGUGAUGUUAAAAAUUCUUCUCUAACAUCAUUAAUUUCUGAUU